AGGAGCGUCCAGAGGGAAGAGCACCUCCAGAGGCCCUGGGUGAGAAGGACCUUGCAACAUUUGAGGAUCUAAAUGAAGUCAGAGGAGGCAGGCGCAACAUCAAACACAGGGCCUCGCGCCAACCCUAAGGAGUUUUGAUCUUUAAAGAAAUAGCCAGCAGCCUUACAGGGUUUCAAGGAGCGAAUGCCACGAUUGGAUUUACCUGCCCCGCGGCUACAGAGCAGCCCUCCUUACAGCCUGGAAAAAAUGACAGAUCUCGUAGCUGUUUGGGAUGUUGCUUUAAGUGAUGGAGUCCAUAAGAUUGAAUUCGAACAUGGGACCACAUCAGGCAAACGAGUGGUAUAUGUAGAUGGGAAGGAAGAGAUAAGAAAAGAAUGGAUGUUCAAAUUAGUGGGCAAAGAAACCUUCUGUGUUGGAGCUGCAAAGAUGAAAGCAACCAUAAAUAUAGAUGCUGUCAGUGGUUUUGCUUAUGAAUAUACUCUGGAAAUUAAUGGGAAAAGUCUCAAGAAGUAUAUGGAGAACAGAUCAAAAACCACCAAUACUUGGGUAUUACAUUUGGAUGGUGAGGACUUUAGAGUUGUGUUGGAAAAAGACACUAUGGAUGUAUGGUGCAAUGGUAAAAAAAUGGAGACAGCAGGUGAGUUUGUAGAUGACGGGACUGAAACUCACUUCAGUAUUGGGAACCAUGACUGUUACAUAAAGGCUGUCAGUAGUGGGAAGCGGAAAGAAGGGAUUAUUCAUACUCUCAUUGUGGAUAAUAGAGAAAUCCCAGAGAUUCCUGAAUGACUUCAUGAUAAUGAAUUUUAAUCUUAAGAAGAUCAGGACUUUUAACUUACUGUGGUGAUUAAAUAUGUUCAGUAUGUACUUUUCAGUACAUUUUGUCGCCAUGUUUUUAUUUUUUAGUUACUUGAAACUGUAAUGUUCCAAAGGUCAGAAAAAAAAUUAUGUAUCAUAAAUAUUGCAAUUUAUUUGGUAAUAAUGUAAAAUAUUUUAACGUCAAAUGGGAAAUAAGAUACGGACCAAAAAUCACUAGUGUUUUACAAGAGCAACUUUUACUAUAAUAAAUGCUAUAAAAUAAAAUC